GAGAGGGAGAGGGAAUUCUAAUAGUUUAAUAGCGCGGGUCAUUUCUUCCGUUUUAUAUCACGUGUUUAAAUCACGAAUGCGUCGUAACGUAUUUAUUAUUUGUGACUCGAAAUUCCCGUCUCUCUCUCUCUCUUUCGCCCACGGUCAAUAAUGUUAAUCGAUUCAAACGGAUAUCGAAAGAACGGAGCUUCGCGUGUGCGUGUUAAUAAAUCGCUAUAUAAGGAAAUUACGCCGAGAUGUCGACUCAUUAGCCACAAAUACGUUUUUUCCUCCCGUUAAUCGCGGCUUUCCGACUGUUUCUCCGCAGGUUUCGCGUUAGUUUCAUCCUGAGUGAAGCGAGUAAAGAUAUGUCCAAUCUACGGAUUUAAAAGAUUAUUCUAUCUUAUUCGCGAUUAAAUUGUAUAUAAGUGAAAAUAUUGCAUAUUUUCAUUACACAACAAAAUUUCGUAAAAAUUAUAAAAUUUGUAAAGUGCUACAUAAUAUAUGAACUCGUUGAUAUUUGUGUAAUUAUUAACAAAAUAAAUAAUUUUUCGUUGCAAAUUAUUUUAUAGUUGAUAUAUUAAAACGAUAGAAGAUGAAAGCACUGCUAUUCACCGUUGCAUUAUUCAUAGUCAUCGAGAUUGAAGCAUAUCCGGGAUGGGUGAGUUAUCCUGUCCAAAUGGAAAGAGGAAAUAAUGGAAAUCCUGGCCGCGGUCCACCUUGGGCAUAUCCGCAACAGAUGCAGAUUCCAAAUAAUGGAUACGCUUCUAAUGUCGAAUGGGUGUGCCAAAGCCCGAAGACAAAGAACAUAAUGAUUAUUGCUUCCGAUGACACUCAACAACAACAGUCUACAGUACCUGGUAGAGGACCGUGGUGGCAAUGGCAUAAUCUUCCACCAGGACAUCAAAGAGAGCAUCAUCAACACGGAAAUCGUUGGACUCAACCGAUUAUUAUCGUUCAAGAAACUGGAAAGACUGAUAAUAACCAAGUAUCAUCACCACUUCCGACCACAACGGAAAUUCCUAAUAACAUGCAAACGCAAUCUCCUCCUUAUCAUGGUGGAGAAGGAUCUAUCGAUAUUAGAUUCGGAGAAAAAUAAUUAACGAGGCUUAAGAUAAAAUAUAAUAUUUAUAUUUUUUAAAAGAAGUUAUGGGUUUUUAGAUUAUAUAAUAAUUGUGUAAAUAAAAACGAACAUAAUUAUAUGUAUAUA